CCUAUACCAACCCACUGGCAUUGAAGGUAGAUAGCCUGAUGGAAGGUGGUGGUUAUCGAAAGGAUUGAGGUGUGAUGUUGGCCGCGGCUGGACCCAAUGUCCGGCAUCCCCGGCGUUUCCCGCCUCUUCAGGCUCUCCUUUUCUUCUAACUCGGCGAGUCCAGCUCCGAGCCUGAUUCCAAGCGUAUGAACGUUUAGGACCAUCCUGCACGCCUAUGCACAGAUGUAACACCAUGCAUUUAGUGAACGUGUUGGCAGCCAUCAUGCCACGAUGGUUGCAUCGCCAACGCUGACAUCUGUUACGGACGUACUAGAAUCUAUUUACAGCCACCACUUCCGACAACACAGGGCUGGCAGUCGCUCAGGCUCUGAUGAACCCCGCACUGUCGGCCAACAGGCAGAUUUUUCUGAGCGACUUCGUCACGUCGCCCCGUGAGAUUAUUGCGGAAUUGGAGAGGCAGGUCGGGGAGAAACUUGCGAUUGAAAAGAAGGCAUCCGGCCCGACCAUCGAGGAAGCGAGGGCCAAAUUCGAUGCUGGCGACUUCAACGCAGUGUAUACGUUGCUUUCUUUGAGCUUCGUGAGUGAUGAAGAUGCAGGAUACAACUUCGAAAGGGAGCAGAAAAUUCGGAACAAGCAUCUCGGACUUCCGAAAGCCACUCUGGACGAAGUUAUCUAGGCAACUUUGGAGAAGCAAAAGAAAUGAGAUGUCAGAGAGGGGGAUACGAGGGCAUCAGUUCCUAGUAGAUACAAAAAAUGAAUCAUGCGAAU